GCCUGCGUACGGGCUUUAUGGCCAGAGCCUGCCGCGACUUGCUGCUCUAGGGUCUCCGCACGCUCUCUGGCUCCACCCAGCCACCUUUUCUGGCUUGCAUCCCCAGCCAGCCCCAGGUCAGUGUAUUGGACUUUGUGCCCUCUACAGCUGCCGAGUCAUGUCUUCCAGCAGCAGAGUGGCCGUGGUGACCGGCAGUAACAAGGGGAUUGGCUUGGCAGUCGUGCGCGAUCUGUGCAAGAAAUUCCCCGGGGACGUGAUUCUCACCGCCAGGAAUCCGACCCUGGGCCAGGAGGCGGUGAAAAAGCUGAAAGAGGAGGGACUGAACCCUGUUUUCCACCAGCUGGACAUCAAUGACCUGCAGAGCAUUCAGACCCUGCGGGAAUUUCUCAAGGAGAGGUACGGGGGCUUGGAUGUGCUGGUCAACAAUGCUGGAAUAGCCUUCAAAGUUGCUGAUACCACACCCUUUCCUAUUCAGGCUGAAGUGACACUAAAAACCAACUUCUUUGGCACCAGAGCUGUAUCUGCAGAGUUACUGCCUCUGAUAAAACCCCAAGGUAGAGUGGUGAAUGUCUCUAGCUUCGUGAGUGUAAGUUCUCUUAAAAAAUGCAGCCCAGAACUACAGAAGAAAUUUAGGAGUGACACAAUCACAGAGGAAGAGUUGGUGGGGCUCAUGAACAAGUUUGUAGAAGAUACAAAGAAGGGAGUGCAUGAGAAGGAGUGGCCUAACACUGCUUAUGGAGUGUCCAAGAUUGGAGUCACUGUCUUGUCAAGAAUCCAUGCCAGGCAACUGAAUGAGCAGAGGAAAGGUGAUAAUAUUCUUCUGAAUGCCUGCUGCCCAGGAUGGGUGAGAACCGACAUGGCGGGACCCAGGGCUCCCAAAAGUGUAGAGGAAGGGGCUGAAACCCCAGUUUAUUUGGCUCUUUUGCCUCCAGGUGUCACAGAACCUCAUGGCCAGUUUGUGUCAGAGAAAAAGGUUCAAAAAUGGUAAACUCAAAUUUGAAUCUAUCCUAGUAAGAGUUGAGUGUUACACAUCUUGGAUUUGGUUUAACAGUGCAUUUAGAAAGAAAUAAAAAAGCACAUUUUGUCCCUUUACUAAUUGUUACAGCUAAUACCUAUAAGUUGUUCUCUUUGAGUUGCUUACUAGUCAUAUCCCAUAAGUGAGAGAUUUUGUAAUGACUGAGAUUUAUAA